GCCUGCCCUCUCAAUUCCCUGUAUCUCUUGUAUCCCUAAUUGAUCAAUUUCCCUAGUUACCGCACUCUAUUUGAACAUAUUUGUCCAGAAUGAAGCUCUCAGUCACGGCUCUUCCUCUGUUCCUCGCAGCUUCGAUGGCUAUGCCUACUCCAGCUCAGCCGAACGAAAUAGUGCGACGUUUUGAAGGUGCUACCCUUCUCGAUGGUAUUAUGAAAUCCGGGGGCGCCUCGGGGAUGUUGAAGAGUGUGGCCGACGGGAUCAAUCUUCCACUCAAGCCCGAAGACUUGAAGAAGGGGGCUAAGGAUACUAAGGGGGCUAAGGAUGCUCAAGGCGUGAAGGAUGCGAAGCAGGGUAACUAGAAAUAUUGAUGCUUAUUGUAAUUAGUAGUUUUUGUCCCUUUCGCCCUCUCUCCAACUUUCAUAUACUGGUACAGGAGAUACCAUAAUAUAACAUCCAGGCGUGGUCAAGAUAAUGUCUGUCAUUCUUCAUGCUCUCGUAAUUCAUGGAUAUGGCUAGCAUCACUAUA